UAGAAGAGUGCAAGCAAAACGGGAACACCCACAUUUUAAAUGGCGAUGCCUACAGUUAUUUAUCAGCAGCGGGUAAAAAAUCAUCCUUGAAAAAUGGAGCAAAUCCUAUGUGGCAAAUUCGGUCAUGGCAUUUUAUUAGUCUCCAAAGUCUCCAGGUAUCCAGUAACAGUCAUUAACACACGGAAGCUAAUGUCAGAAAAAUUUAGUAAGCACUGUAGACCAUUAUUAGCAUCACCACAAUUGAGAUACUUUGCAAAUCCGCAUCGUGGAUAUGCUAUGGUGGUAGCGAGAAUUUUAAGGGGAGCAUUAAAAAUUCGAUAUCUUCUCUUGGGAGGUGCAGUCGGUGGUGGUGUUACUUUACAAAAGAAAUAUGAACAAUGGAAAGAAGGAUUACCAGAUUUGGAAUGGAUACAAAAUUUGAUACCUAAUGAAAAGCAAUGGCAAGAUUUUCGAGAAUCACUUAUGACAGCUAAGAAUAGUGUAGGCGAUAAAAUUGAGAUUGAUCCACGUAUAAAGGAGUUUGGACUAGCUAAAUAUCGAGAAUACAGGAUGUGGUUUGAUCAAAGACUGGAUGACGCUAUUAAGGCAGCAGAAAGUCGUCAAAAAGACUACCAAGAGAAUAACUCGAUGCAGAGUGCAUUUGAUACCAUCUCAUUGGUAGCUAAACAAACUUAUUCAGCAGAAACAAAAGAUCAAUUGUCCAAAAAUGUGAUUGCCUUUGCACGUCCAUUGGCUAAUAAUAGUAACGAGGAAGAACGUAAGAAAGCUCAAUCGUCGCAACAAAGAAUGAGUGCUAUGCAAGACGAGUUAAUGCAAAUGCAAUUGAAAUAUCAACGUGAAAUAGAGAGAUUAGAAAAGGAGAACAAAGAAUUACGCAAACAGAUACUUUUACGAGGAAAUCAGAAAUUUACCAAUAAAAAGAUAAAAAAAUCAUUAAUUGAUAUGUAUAGCGAUGUCUUGGAUGAACUUAGCGACUAUGAUAAUACUUAUUCCACUGCUGAUCAUUUACCUAGAGUAGUAGUCGUUGGUGACCAAAGCUCCGGUAAAACAUCCGUGCUCGAAAUGAUAGCUCAAGCAAGGAUAUUCCCGAGAGGUGGAGGUGAAAUGAUGACAAGAGCACCAGUUAAAGUCACAUUGAGCGAAGGUCCUUAUCAUAUAGCGCAAUUUAAGGACAGUUCCAGAGAAUUCGAUCUCACGAAAGAAUCGGAAUUAGCCGAACUUAGACGAGAAGUGGAACUACGAAUGAAAAAUAGUGUUAAGAAUGGAAAGACAGUCAGUUCAGAUGUCAUAUCUAUGACUGUUAAGGGACCAGGCCUUCAACGUAUGGUUUUAGUCGAUUUACCUGGUAUUAUUAGUACGGUAACCGUCGAUAUGGCGGAAGAUACUCGCGAGGCAAUUAAACAGAUGACCCAACAGUAUAUGAGUAAUCCUAACGCGAUUAUUCUCUGCAUACAAGACGGAUCCGUUGACGCAGAAAGAAGUAAUGUGACCGAUCUUGUUGCCCAAAUGGAUCCAUCGGGUAAAAGAACAAUUUUCGUCUUGACAAAAGUUGACAUGGCGGAAGAGAAUUUGGCUAAUCCCGAUAGAUUGCGUAAAAUAUUAUCCGGCAAACUAUUUCCGAUGAAAGCGUUAGGCUAUUUUGCUGUAGUUACUGGUCGAGGUAGACAAGACGAUAAUAUACAUAUAAUCAAAGAUUAUGAAGAACAGUUCUUUAGAAACUCUAAGCUCUUCAAAGAUGGUUUAGCAAUGUCGAGUCAAGUAACUACGAAAAAUUUGAGUUUGGCGGUAGCCGAAUGUUUCUGGAAAAUGGUUCGUGAGACGGUGGAACAACAGGCAGAUGCGUUUAAAGCUACGAGAUUUAACUUGGAAACAGAAUGGAAAAACAAUUUUCCGAGAUUAAGGGAAUUAGAUAGAGAUGAGCUUUUCGAAAAAGCACGAGGUGAAAUCUUGGAUGAAAUUGUCAAUUUGUCGCAAGUAUCACCGAGACAUUGGGAGGAAGUACUAAUGGCUCGAAUAUGGGAUAAAGUCAGCAUGCAUGUUUUUGAAAAUAUCUACUUGCCUGCCGCUCAAAGUGGAAAUCCAAAUACAUUCAAUACGACUGUCGACAUCAAAUUGAGACAUUGGGCUGAACAACAAUUACCUGCACGUAGCGUCGAAAGCGGAUGGGAAUGUCUACAGCAGGAAUUCCAGAAUUUUAUGACGCAAGCUCGACUUAGUCAGGAUCACGAUGAUAUCUUUGACAAUCUCAAGAAUGCCGUCGUAAAUGAGGCAAUGAGACGUCAUUCGUGGGAAGAGAAGGCGUCAGAAAUGUUACGUGUUAUCCAACUUAACACCUUAGAAGAUAGAAGCGUGAACGAUAAACGUGACUGGGAUCAAGCAGUAAGAUUCUUAGAAACUUCGGUUAAGGAAAAGCUGCAAAGUACGGAACAGAUCCUGCGUGAUAUGCUGGGUCCUAGUCGCAAGGAACGUUGGCUUUAUUGGCAGUGUCAGACAGAAGAUCAACAGAAACGUAUGGCGGUUAAGAAUGAGCUAGAUAAAAUACUUUAUGCUGACAAGAAACAUGCACCUACUCUAACACAUGAUGAGCUUACAGCUGUUAGAAAGAAUUUACAACGAAAUGGAUUGGAGGUCGAUAACGAAUUCAUUCGAGAAACAUGGCAUCCUGUAUAUAGAAGAUUUUUCCUACAACAGAGUUUAGCCAGAGCAUACGAUUGUAGGAAAGGCUAUUAUCUAUAUCAUACUGGGCACGAAAACGAAAUGGAAUGCAAUGACGUAGUACUUUUCUGGCGAAUUCAGCAAAUGCUGAAAGUUACUGCAAAUGCUCUUCGACAACAAAUCAUGAACAGAGAAGCUCGAAGAUUGGAUAAAGAGAUUAAGGAAGUUCUGGAGGAUUAUAGUCAAGACAAUGAAAUUAAGAAAGAACUACUUACAGGCAGACGAGUCACAUUAGCUGAGGAACUUAAACGGGUUAGGCAGAUUCAAGAGAAAUUAGAAGAAUUUAUUCAAGCGCUAAAUAAAGAGAAAUGAACAUACUAAAUCGAUUAUUAUCGAAAUUAAACAUCACAUUAUAUUCGCAGGGUGAAUCUCUGAUGUCACUUGCGAUUGAAUGGACGAAAGACAAGUCUGAGAUUAAUCUCGUGGAAUGUCAGUAUACAUUCUUGCAGAUUUCUACAACGAUCAGGGAGGUAAUUUGUCUCUCGGCAGAAUAUCGAAUCCAUGAGUCGCCAAGAGCACAAUAUUGUCGCAAGGGUGUAAAAAGUCCAUACGCUUAAUCAAGUUUGUGUGAUAUAAAUAAUAAACAAAAUCUCUAUGCCCUUUGAUAUGAUUUAGAUUUGUAAAUAUGAGACUAAUAUGUUUCUAAAACAUGAAAGAUAUUUAUAUGAAAUUAUCUUCAGUGUAUACAGGUCAUUUCAUAUAAGAAUAUUUCGAUCAGUGUAAUAUGAUUAAAUGAAUUACAUCAACUCAAUUAUUUGAUAAACAAGUAAAUAUAUUGAUAUAAACAUGCAAUAGUAUAAUACAAUCAUGCUACGAUUAUAAAUCCAUUUUAGGCGAUAAACAUAAUGAAUAAUUGAAAUUGUUAUUGCAACGUGCUGCAGAAUGUAUGUAGAAAUUAAAGAAAAUAUAGGCUGCUCCUUGAAUAAA